AUGGCAUCCACCAGAACUACCACACUAGUGUUGUUCAUUAUCUGCUUGAUCUUUAUACAAGAGUUGGAGAUCCAUGGGUUGGAGAUUCAUGGUGAAAAUCAGGACAUGGCAGCAGCUCACCAACAUAUAGAUUGUGGUGGAAAGUGCGGGUACAGAUGUAGUAAGGCAGGAAGGCCAAAAAUGUGCAUGAGGGCAUGCAAGACGUGCUGCCAGAGGUGUAAUUGCGUGCCACCUGGCACCGCCGGCAACCAAAACGCCUGUCCUUGUUACGCCUCUCUCACCACCCAUGGAGGAAAACUGAAGUGCCCUUGA